AUGGGCGCCGAUCACGACGGAGGUCGGAGGAUGGAAACGGUGAUGAAUCAGAAAGCUCUGUCCUUGGUGGCGAAGCCAUUCCAACGAGGAAGAUGUGACAGGACUAGUACAGCCCAGACAGAGAAACAGAUGAAGAAGGCCUUGGUUUCCUUUCUUGUUGGAACACGGUCAGGCAUGGCUGAGCCCGCUGAGAAUUGGCAUUUUAGCGAUGACCUUGUUAGAGGUCAACAAUCAAAGGGAGCGGGUUGA